AUGUCUUCUGAGAAAUAUUCAUAUCAAUGUAACCGUGGUAUUGCUGUUCUUCAGAAGAAUGAAAUUCGGUGUUUAUGUCCACCGGCUUAUUAUGGUGAUUUUUGUCAGUUUUUUAGUGAUCGAAUUAGUAUUAUUGCAUCUGUUGAUCAGAAAACUGAACUAACAACAAUAUUGAAUCGAACGCUUAAAAUUCGAGCCAAUCUUCUAUUCAAUAAACAAAUUGUUGAUCAUCAUGAAUUUCAUAUUGUUUCAAAAUUAGAAAAAAGUCAAACGAUUAAACAUAAAUUUUAUCUUCUCUAUUCAUCAACGAUAGAAAUGCUUUCAUAUAAACGAAAACGUUAUUUUAAUCGAACUGAUAUAAUCAUUAAUCAUCCAUAUGAAAUUUAUUUUCAUGUUUUCAUACUUGAAAAGAACAAUAUGGCAGAAGAAAUCGGUUCUUGGUAUUAUCCAAUUUAUUUUGAUUAUUUACCUGCAUUUCGUCUAGCGGUUGUAUUAAAAUUUCCAUCUUCAAUUCAAAAUACAACAGUUGUUCCGUACUGUCAACAGACGUGCAAAACAAAUUCGAAUUGUCUUCCAAUUUUUAAUCAGAACAAUUCUUAUUACUGUUCUUGUAAAAAUGGUUAUUUUGGAUCAAACUGUCUUAUGUAUGAAUCUCUUUGUAAGACGUUUUGUUCAGUUAAUGCACUGUGUCGAGUUGAUGAAUCUGAUUUCCGAGCGAAGAAGAAGAAAUCUUAUUGUAUUUGCCCAUUGGGCCAUUUUGGAGCGCGUUGUCAUUUAAGAUAUAAUGAUUGUUAUUCAAAUAUAUGCUUAAAUAAUGGAACUUGUAUUACAUAUUAUGAUCCAAGUGGGGAAAACCUUUUACAGUGUAAAUGUUCAGAAGGAUUUUUUGGACGACAAUGUGAACAUGUGAAGCCGUCUGUUCACAUUCAUUUGAAUAUGACAGAGUCAAUGUCUACUCGUGCAGUUGUUAUUCAAUGUUAUGAUUAUCCUUUUCCCUCUCCCGUACUUGAAACUAAAGAUCAACAAGUUUACAAAACUUUACCAUCAUCAGUUAGGUUAUGUCAAUCGAAACAGUCUAUAUCUGCACUUGGUAUUCUCAAAAUUUAUCAAGAUCUAUCAGAAGCACAAUAUUUUCUUAUUUAUUGUCUAACAUCUCAAUUGAAGAUUAAUAUCACAUCAUCUCCACAAUAUUGUUCACAUGCUUCUUCAUUAUUACCUAAAGAAUUAGAUCAGUCUAUUGAAAACGUUUAUAAAUAUCAUCAAAUUUGUCGACAUGAUAUAAAACCUGUCUGCUUUUAUGAUGAAGACUAUUUUUGUAUUUGUCAACAAGAUCAUUAUCGUGCUGAAUGUUUUAUUCGCGAUAUUGAACGGGAUUCUUGUGAGAAAUGUUUAUCUGGAGGAAAAUGUCUUCAAGGUGAUUUAAGAAAUCCAAAUGAUUUCAUCUGUCUUUGUCCUAAUUGCCAUCAAGGACAUCAAUGUGAAUUUAGUAUGGAAGCAUUUGGUGUCACUGUCGAAUCAUUUCUUAUUGAUUAUUCGAAACAAGUCAAGAUUACCUAUACAUCAAUCGUGGUUUUUCUCUUUCUGAUUGGAUUGUUUAAUAAUUUUUGUUCAUUUAUCACAUUUAAACGAUCAACGCCGCGAAAGUUUACUGUUGGAAAUUAUUUAUUGAUUAUCACUUUCCUCAAUCAAAUUGCUUUAUUUUGUUUAUUUUUCAAAUUUAUUGAUAUUACUGUUGGAAAUAUCAAUCUUCGAUCAUGUCAAAUCAUUUCCUAUUUUCUUUCGGUUACGACACGAUCAACGUAUUGGUUAACAACUUGGAUUGCCAUUGAUCGUUUUCUGAUGCUUAUCUUUCCCACUUCGUCUUAUUUUAAAAAUUCUCGUAUUUCUAUCAUAUUCAGUGUUAUUACAUUGAUCAUUCUCUUUGUAAUGCAUAUACAUGAAAUCAUUUACAAGACAAUUCUUACUCAUUUUUCAACGAAUUCAUUCGUUUGCGUAACAAAUUUCGAGACUAAUCUUAUUUCUACUUAUAAUCGAAUAUCAACUCUCAUUCAUUAUCUUGUUCCGUUCUCUAUUCAAACAAUUUGCAUCACUAUCUUAAUUGUUUUCGCUGCUCGUAGUCGAGCGAAAGUAGUGGGACGUCAAACGACUUUCACUGAACUGUUAAAGAAACAAUUUGAAACACAAAAAGAACUUUAUGUAACUCCAAUGAUCAUUGUUCUCUCUGCUUUACCUCAAACUAUUCUAACCUUUUACUUUGCAUGUACACAAUUAAAUACUUGGCAACAACAUUUAUUGCUUAAUUCUUAUCUACUUUCAUACGUUCCACAAGUGCUUGGCUUCAUUCUUUAUGUUCUCCCAUCAACGAAUUACAAGAAAGAAUUUUUUCACACACUAAUUGGAAAGAAUUCAAAAUGGAUUUUCAGCAAAAAGAAUUAA